CUCUCGCUUUCAGACACACUCUUUUUACUCUUUACUACACUGCUAGUUAGUUACUUUCCGACCGUUUUAAAUUCAACUUUCUCGCUUUUCAACUCCUUUUCUAUUGCUCUCUACGCAGAACAUGAGUACCUUGGUCGAGAGGGUUCGUUUAAGAACUGAUCGCAAGCCAAUUUAUAAUACAGACGAGUCAGAUGAUGAUGCUGAUUUAAUGCCCAUAAAACAUCAGACAACUCAGGAAAAGUUUGAGAGGAUUGUUAGAAGCGAUGUAAAAGAAUAUUCAUGUCAAGCUUGUGGAGAGAGCGGAAAUCUUCUGAGCUGUGAAACAUGCACCUAUUCUUUCCAUCCUAGGUGUUUGCUCUCACCAAAUAAAAUCUCCCGUCUGGAUAACUGGAUGUGCCCUGAAUGUGUUAGCCCACUUAAUGAUAUAGAUAAGAUAUUGGAUUGUGAGAUGCGUCUCACUGUAGCUGGCGAAAGGGAUGCCAAAAGUUUGGGGUCAAAGCAAAGUUUGGUCAAACAAUAUCUUGUUAAGUGGAAGGGUCUAUCACAUUUGCACUGCAGAUGGGUGCCAGAGGAAGAGUUUCUGAAGGCUUUCAAGAACAAUCCACGAAUAAAGACCAAAUUAAACAAUUUUCACCGUCAAAUGGCACCAGUUAGAAAAAUGGAGGAAGAUUUUGCUGCCAUUCGACCUGAAUGGACUAUGGUUGAUCGAAUACUUGAUUGCAGAGGGGAGGAUGAUGCGAAGGAAUAUCUUGUGAAGUGGAGAGAGCUUCCUUAUGAUGAAUGCCAUUGGGAGCUUGAGACUGAUAUCUCUUCGUUUCAGGCAGAAAUUGAGAGAUUCAAUAUAUUUCAGUCUAGAUCUAGGAAAUAUUCUUCUAGUAAGCAAAAAAGCAGUGUUAAGGAUGAUGCUGUAUUGAAGCAGCAGCAAAGAGAAUUUCAACAGUAUGAACACAGCCCCGAGUUUCUUUCAGGGGGUACACUACAUCCAUAUCAACUUGAAGGAUUGAACUUUCUACGAUUCUCUUGGUCCAAGCAAACUCAUGUUAUACUUGCUGAUGAAAUGGGACUUGGAAAAACCAUACAAAGUAUUGCUUUCUUAGCCUCCCUUUUCGAAGAGAAUGUUUAUCCCCAUCUGGUGGUUGCUCCACUUUCUACACUACGAAACUGGGAGCGCGAAUUUGCAAAUUGGGCACCACAAAUGAAUGUUGUUAUGUAUUCUGGUUCUGCCCAAGCUCGUCGCAUUAUUAGAGAAUAUGAAUUUUACUUUCCGAAGAAUCCGAAAAAGAUGGAGAAAAAGAAAUCUAAAAAAAUAGUUACUAAAAGAAAGCUGGAAAGGGUUAAGUUUGAUAUCCUUUUGACAUCGUAUGAGAUGAUAAACUCUGAUACCACAAUAUUGAAGCCUAUAAAGUGGGAGUGCAUGAUAGUUGAUGAAGGUCACCGUCUCAAAAACAAGGAUUCCAAAUUGUUUUCUUCAUUGACACAAUACUCUAGCAGACAUCGUGUGCUUUUAACAGGAACUCCUCUUCAGAACAAUCUGGAUGAACUUUUUAUGCUUAUGCACUUCCUUGAUGCUGGGAAGUUCGGAAGUUUAGAGGAGUUCCAAGAAGAGUUUGAGGAUAUCAAUCAAGAGCAACAGAUUUUGAGGCUUCAUAAAAUGUUGGCCCCACAUCUCCUGAGAAGAGUGAAGAAAGAUGUCAUGACUGAACUACCUCCUAAAAAGGAGCUUAUUAUACGUGUUGAAUUGAGCAGCAAACAAAGAGAAUACUAUAAGGCAAUUUUGACUCGUAAUUAUCAGAUAUUAACUCGCCCUAAUGGAGCCCAAAUUUCUCUUAUCAAUGUUGUCAUGGAACUGCGUAAGCUCUGUUGUCAUCCCUACAUGUUGGAAGGAGUUGAACCAGUUAUUCACGAAGAAAACAAAGCAUACAAGCAAUUGCUGGAAUCAUCGGGCAAGUUGCAAUUGUUGGACAAGCUGAUGGUGAAGCUUAAAGAGCAAGGGCAUAGAGUCCUUAUAUAUUCCCAAUUUCAGCACAUGCUAGAUUUGCUUGAAGAUUAUUGUGUUUACAAUCAUUGGCAGUAUGAAAGGAUAGAUGGCAAGGUUGGUGGAGCUGAAAGACAAGUACGCAUAGAUCGGUUUAAUGCUAAAAAUUCUUCAAGAUUUUGUUUUCUUCUUUCUACUAGAGCUGGGGGACUGGGGAUAAAUCUUGCAACAGCUGACACAGUUAUUAUAUAUGACAGUGAUUGGAAUCCUCAUGCUGAUCUACAAGCCAUGGCCAGAGCUCAUCGACUUGGACAAAAUAACAAGGUGUUGAUUUAUAGGCUUAUAACACGAGGAACAAUUGAAGAAAGGAUGAUGCAAAUAACAAAAAAGAAAAUGGUGUUAGAACACUUAGUUGUAGGCAGGAUAAAGGCUCAAAAUAUUAACCAGGAAGAGUUGAAUGAUAUCAUAAGGUAUGGUUCAAAGGAGUUGUUCACUGAUGAGAAUAAUGAUGUGGGAAAGUCUCGUCAAAUUCAUUACGAUGAUGCUGCUAUAGACAGAUUGUUGGACCGCGAUCAAGUUGGAGAUGAAGAGGCCACUUUGGAUGAAGAUGAAAAUGGAUUUCUUAAAGCCUUUAAGGUGGCAAAUUUUGAAUACAUUGAUGAAGCUGAGGCUGCAGUGGAAGCAGAAGAAAAAAGAGAAACAGAGAGUAAACUUUCUGUGAGCGGUUCAGAAGGGAAAAAUUACUGGGAAGAGUUGCUAAAAGACAGAUAUCAAGAGCAUGAAGUUGAAGAACUUAAUACCUUGGGCAAAGGGAAGCGAAACCGCAAUAAAUUUCUGGGGCAAGAUUUUGCUGGUCUAGAAGUUACAAUCUCUGACGGUGAGGAUGACAAUUACAAAGUGGAUCUUACUCAUGGCAAUUCAAAUUCAACAGAAACUGCUGCUUCUAGAAGGCCUUGCAAAAAGAAAGCUCGUUCUGCAGAUAACACAGAUCCACUUCCCUUAAUGGAAGGCGAAGGAAAAUCACUACGAGUACUUGGUUUUAGUCGAAGUCAGAGGGCUGCUUUCCUUCAAAUUUUAAUGAGGUUUGGGGUUGGUGAUUUUGAUUGGAAGGAGUUUACUUCACACAUAAAGCAGAAGACUUAUGAAGAAAUCAAAGAGUAUGGAACCCUUUUCUUGUCUCAUAUUGCUGAAGAUAUAAAUGAUUCCUCUUCAUUCUCAGAUGGUGUUCCAAAAGAAGGACUUCAAAUACAAGAUGUACUUAUUAGAAUUGCAGUUUUGCUAUUGAUAAGAGAAAAAGUGAAGUUUGCAUCAGAAAACCCUGGCACUCCACUUUUUUCGGAUGACAUCUUGACACGCCGUGCUUUGAAAGCUGCAAAGAUAUGGAAGGAAGAGCACGAUUUAGUCUUACUGCGUGCAGUUUUGAAGCAUGGGUAUGGGAGGUGGCAAGCUAUUGUUGAUGAUAAGGAUCUGAAUAUUCAGACGGUCAUCUGUCAGGAGUUGAACAUUCCCUUCAUAGAUUUCCCAGUUCAAGGACAAGUUGGCUCUCAAGGGCAAAAUGGUGCAAAUAACACAAAUGUGGAAUCCCCUUGCAACCAGUUUAGGGAGAACAGUGGCUGCGGCAUGGCAGAUGAUGGGUCACAUGGUUCUUCUGAUGCUAGGAACCAAGAAAAGUUGUAUCAAGAUCAAUUUGGAGAGAUGCAGAGAAGACACAUUGAUUUUAUAAAAAAGAGGCUACUUCUCUUAGAAAAUUGUCUCAAUGACGAGUACCAAAAAGAAUACUGUGAUGAUAUGGAAGCAAAGAGAGGGACCAAUCAAGAACUUAAAAAUGAAAAAGUGGCUACAAAUGUACGAAGGCACACAUUAGGGGAGUCUCGCACCCAAACAAUCAAUCAACUGCCUCAAGUAGAAGCAAUAACUUCAGAAGAAAUCUCUACUUCUGCUUGUGAUAAUGAUCCAAAUCGGUUGAAAUUAGUGCAUCUUUACAAUGAGAUGUGCACGGUCGUGGAGGAGAAUACUGCAGAUUUAGUUCGAACAUCAUGGUCCAGAAAACAGACAGAAGUCAAUGCUAUGAAGAAUUUCCAUCAACUGGAAACCAUUUGUGGAGAUGUCAACAGAAUUCUAACACAACAAAAUCAACACACUUUAAAGCCAAUAGCAAAUUCUGAUAACAAAUCAAAUGUCCUAUUACAGAAUGCUGUUUUGGAUUCCGAAUAGAUUUCAUUAUCCUUCAAAAUGAAUGCAAAUCUAGAGUUAAUGGAGACUGAAUCCCAAAAAGAAAGCAAGCGGCCCGAGCCAAGUGGAACAGAAAGCAAUUCAAUUUUGAUAAGUGAUCAAUAAUGGAGAUAACAAACUGAUCUAUGAAAUGGAUGGAGUAUGAUGGCAUUCCAGAAAUCAGAUGCGGUGGUAAUUUUGUGGGAUGAUUAAAUGCAAUGCCUAUUAGACGGAUAUUUAUUUCACCUUGUAGCAUAGUAGUCUUAAUCAACAUAUUUUCUUCGGUUCAUGAAGAAUAUAUAUUGUAUACUCCCUCAAUUCAAAAAGAUUUGUUUUUUUAGGUAUUUAAAUAUAUUUUAAAACUUUGGGUAUUUUUAAUAUCUAAGAUAUAUUUGAUAUUUUAUUUCAAAUAUAGCUCUAAAUUAUGCCGUUGCUUCA